AUGGUGGGGCGCCCUUUCACGUGGACAAAUCGAAGACAAGGAGAGGAUUUGGUGAAGGAGAGGCUUGACCUCUAUUUAGUUGGGAUAGAAUGGAAGUUGAAGUUUCCGAAUGCAGUGGUGCACAGGCUCACAAAGUCAGGCUCGGAUCAUGCUCCAAUUUUGAUGGAAACUGAACCUCAAUGCUGGCAUAGUAAAAGGCGGUUUAAAUACCAGGAACGUUGGUGUGGAGAAGAGGAUGUCAUAAGAAUUGUCAGUGAAGUGUGGAGAAUGGAAGUUGUAGGCUCGGCUAUGUUCUCCUUGGGCCAAAAGUUGAAAGUUUGUAGACAUAGACUAGUUCAAUGGCAGAAAACUCACAAAGCAAACUCCCAGAAAGAAAUUGAGGACCUUCAAGCUAAACUAGAGGAGUUGCGGGUGGCUGGAAUCAAUAGGGGAGAGGAGGUUACCUGUUUGGAGGAGAAGUUACAGCUGGCAUAUUUGAAAGAAGAGAGCUAUUGGCGAGAAAAAUCUAGAGUCAAGUGGCUAAAAGAAGGAGAUCAGAACACUAGAUUCUUUCACCAGAAAUUUCAAUCAAGGAUGCGAAGGAACAGAAUUUGGAGAUUAGUGGGGAGGGACAAUGAGAUUGCAUCGAAACUUGAGGAUAUUGCAAAGGUAGCUGAAGACUACUUUUGCGAUAUUUUUACUUCUUCUUGUUCGGCUGAUCCGAAUCCAUACUUAGAGGAUUUGGAGCCUAAGGUUACAGCUUCCAUGAACCGUAGGAUCCAAAGGCCAGUAACUAUGGACGAAGUCAAAAGAGCUAUAUUUAGUGUUCAUACUCAGAGUGCUCCUGGUGAUGAUGGGUUUACAGCUAAGUUUUUUCACUUUUUCUGGGAUAUAGUUGGAGGUGACGUUUUUAAGGCAGUGAGAAGUUUCUUUCACAGUGGCAGAAUUCUAAAAAACUUCAAUCAUACUCAAAUUUGUUUAAUUCCAAAGGUGCCAGAUGCCAGUGAUAUGACUCAGAGCGCACCUAAUACAAGCCAAAGUAUUCUAGAAUUGCUAGAGAUCUAUGAGGGUUUCAGUGGGCAAAAAGUCAAUUUGAAUAAGUCGGCUAUCUUUUUCAGUCACAACACACCUCAGAACACAAGACUAGCAGUUGCUCAGACACUAAAUAUUGAACAUAUUGGAGCACAAGACAAAUACCUGGGACUGCCCUCUGUAGUUCAAAAAUCAAAGAAAGCAACCUUUGGAGCUAUCAAGGAUAAAGUUCAAAAGAAGAUUAUGGGUUGGAAAAGAAGUCUAUUGUCAUCAGGUGGUAGGCACACGCUAUUGAGAGCGGUGGGGGAGGCGAUUCCUAUUUAUACACUCUCUUGUUUCAAGCUCCCAGACACGCUGUUGACUGAGAUUCAUAGCAUGCUCUCGCAAUUUUGGUGGGUCAAAAAGGUGCAGAACGAAGAAUGGUUUGGAUUAAAUGGGACACAAUGA